CAGCUCGGAGCGCAGUUUCCUGUUGAGUUUCCCUGUUUGAGGGACAGGAACUCCCUGCUCUACUUCUCUCCCCCGCCCAUGAUAACACCAAGCGAGGAAAGACUUCACCGGCCAACGACAGACAACACUCCCACGGACCGAAAACGCUCGAGCCCGGGACGCCCGGGGGUCGCGAGGCGGAUUAAACCACCGGCUACAUGGCGCAGUAGUGGAGUGUAUUUACGCACAAGUUUCCCAACAACUCCGGCAAUAUGGCGUCCACUGUGACUCUAGAAGAUGCUCUGUCCAACGUGGACCUGUUGGAGGAGCUGCCGCUGCCGGACCAGCAGCCGUGCAUCGAGCCGCUCCCCGCCUCCCUCAUGUACCAGCCCAACUUCAACACCAACUUCGAGGACCGAAACGCUUUUGUCACCGGCAUCGCCAGAUACAUCGAGCAGGCCACCGUCCACUCCAACAUGAAUGACAUGUUGGAGGAGGGGCAGGAGUACGCUGUCAUGCUGUACACCUGGAGGAGCUGCUCCCGUGCCAUACCACAGGUGAAAUGUAACGAGCAGCCAAACAGAGUGGAGAUCUAUGAGAAGACUGUGGAGGUCCUCGAGCCAGAAGUCACCAAGCUGAUGAACUUCAUGUACUUCCAGCGUUCUGCCAUCGACCGUUUCUGUGGGGAGGUUCGCCGUCUUUGCCACACCGAACGCAGGAAGGACUUUGUCUCGGAGGCGUACCUGCUGACCCUGGGAAAGUUCAUCAACAUGUUCGCCGUGCUGGACGAGCUGAAGAACAUGAAGUGCAGCGUCAAGAAUGACCACUCUGCAUACAAACGAGCUGCUCAGUUUCUCAGGAAGAUGUCCGAACCCUCCUCCAUUCAGGAGUCUCAGAAUCUGUCCAUGUUCCUGGCAAACCACAACAAAAUCACCCAGUCGCUGCAGCAGCAGCUGGAAGUGAUCAACGGUUAUGAAGAGCUGCUGGCCGACAUCGUCAACCUGUGUGUGGAUUACUACGAGAAUAAGUUGUAUCUCACACCCAGUGAGAAACACAUGCUGCUCAAGGUUAUGGGUUUUGGCUUGUACCUUAUGGAUGGAAACAGCAGCAACAUCUACAAGUUAGACGCCAAGAAGAGGAUCAACCUCACCAAGAUCGACAAGUUUUUCAAGCAACUGCAGGUGGUGCCGCUGUUUGGCGACAUGCAGAUCGAAUUGUCCCGGUACAUCAAGACCAGCGCUCACUUUGAAGAGAACAAAUCCAAAUGGACCUGCACCUCUAUAUCCAGCAGCCCGCAGUACAACAUAUGUGAGCAGAUGAUUCAGAUCAGGGAGGAUCACAUGCGCUUCAUCUCCGAGCUCGCUCGCUAUAGCAACAGCGAGGUUGUGACCGGAUCGGGGCGUCAGGAGUCCCAGAAGACGGAUGCAGAGUACAGGAAGCUGUUCGACCUGGCCCUGCAGGGCAUGCAGCUGCUCUCCCAGUGGAGCGCUCACGUUAUGGAAGUGUACUCAUGGAAACUGGUUCACCCAACGGACAAAUACUCCAACAAGGAGUGUCCCGACAACGCCGAGGAGUACGAGAGGGCCACCCGCUACAACUACACCAGCGAGGAGAAGUUCGCCCUCGUAGAGGUGAUGGCGAUGAUAAAGGGGCUGCAGGUGCUGAUGGGACGCAUGGAGAGCGUGUUUAACCACGCCAUCCGUCACACCAUCUACUCAGCUCUGCAGGACUUUGCUCAGAUUACCCUGAGAGACCCGCUGAGGCAGGCCAUUAAGAAGAAGAAGAACGUCAUCCAGAGCGUCCUUCAGGCCAUCCGGAAAACGGUGUGUGACUGGGAGACGGGCCGGGAGCCGCACAACGACCCCGCCCUGCGAGGAGAGAAGGACCCAAAGGGGGGCUUCGACAUUAAAGUCCCCCGGCGAGCCGUGGGGCCCUCCAGCACUCAGCUCUACAUGGUGAGGACGAUGCUGGAGUCUCUCAUUGCAGACAAAAGCGGCUCGAAGAAGACCCUGCGGAGCAGCCUCGAGGGCCCCACCAUCCUGGACAUUGAAAAAUUUCACAAGGAGUCCUUCUUUUACACACAUCUGCUGAACUUCAGUGAGACUCUGCAGCAGUGCUGCGACCUGUCCCAGCUCUGGUUCAGGGAGUUCUUCCUGGAGCUCACCAUGGGCCGCCGGAUCCAGUUCCCCAUUGAGAUGUCCAUGCCGUGGAUCCUCACCGACCACAUCCUGGACACCAAGGAGGCUUCCAUGAUGGAGUACGUGUUGUAUCCCCUGGACUUGUACAACGACAGUGCACACUACGCUCUGACCAAAUUCAAGAAGCAGUUCCUCUAUGAUGAAAUAGAGGCUGAGGUCAACUUGUGUUUUGAUCAGUUUGUCUACAAGCUGGCUGAUCAGAUAUUUGCCUAUUACAAGAUACUAGCUGGAAGUCUUCUCCUCGAUAAACGCUUGAGAGCCGACUGCAAGAACCAGGGUGCCAACAUUCCCUGGCCCACUUCCAACCGAUACGAGACCCUGCUGAAGCAGCGCCAUGUCCAGCUCCUGGGCCGCUCCAUCGACCUGAACCGACUCAUCACCCAGCGCGUCUCGGCGGCGCUCCACAAAUCUCUGGAGCUCGCAAUCAACCGCUUCGAGAGCGAGGACCUCACCUCCAUAAUGGAGCUCGAAGGUCUUCUGGAGGUCAAUCGCAUGACGCACAAGCUGCUCAGUCAGUUCUUGACCCUGGACAGUUUCGACGCCAUGUUCCGCGAGGCCAACCACAACGUGUCGGCUCCGUACGGCAGGAUAACGCUGCACGUUUUCUGGGAGCUCAACUAUGACUUUCUGCCCAACUAUUGCUACAACGGUUCCACCAACAGGUUUGUGCGCACCAUCCUGCCCUUCUCUCAAGAGUUCCAGAGGGAUAAGCCCCCCAACGCUCAGCCCCAUUAUCUGUACGGGUCAAAGACCCUGAACCUGGCUUACAGCAGCACAUUCACCACCUAUAGGAACUUUCUGGGCCCGCCGCACAUUAAGGUCAUGUGCAGACUGCUGGGCUACCAGGGCAUUGCCGUGGUGAUGGAGGAGCUGCUUAAGGUCGUCAAAAGUCUGCUCCAGGGAACCAUCCUGCAGUACGUGAAGACGCUGAUGGAGGUCAUGCCCAAGAUUUGCAGACUCCCACGCCACGAGUACGGCUCCCCUGGCAUCCUGGAGUUCUUCCACCACCAGCUGAAGGACAUUGUGGAGUAUGCCGAGCUCAAGACGGUGUGCUUCCAGAACCUGAGAGAGGUGGGCAACGCCCUCCUGUUCUGCCUGCUGAGUGAGCAGAGUCUGUCUCAGGAAGAAGUGUGCGACCUGCUGCAUGCUGCGCCUUUCCAAAACAUCCUGCCGCGAGUGCAUGUCAAAGAUGGGGAACGCCUGGAUGCCAAGAUGAAGCGUCUGGAAGCGAAAUACACGGCGUUGCACAUGGUUCCUCUGAUCGAGCGCCUCGGAACACCGCAGCAAAUAGCCAUUGCGCGUGAAGGCGACCUCCUGACCAAAGAGCGGCUGUGCUGCGGCUUGUCCAUGUUCGAAGUCAUCCUGGCGCGCGUGCGCGGCUUCUUGGACGACGCCAUCUGGCGUGGCCCGUUGCCCAGCAACGGCGUGAUGCACGUGGACGAAUGUGUGGAGUUUCACCGCCUGUGGAGCGCCAUGCAGUUUGUCUACUGCAUCCCUGUGGGAGCCCACGAGUUCACAGUGGAGCAGUGCUUCGGAGACGGCCUCCACUGGGCGGGCUGCAUGAUCAUCGCCCUGCUGGGGCAGCAAAGACGAUUCGACAUCCUCGACUUCAGCUAUCACCUGCUCAAGGUGCAGAAACACGACGGCAAGGACGAGAUCAUCAAGAAUGUGCCUCUAAAGAAGAUGGUGGACAGAAUCCGCAAAUUCCAGGUCCUGAACGAUGAGAUCUUUGCCAUCCUGAAUAAAUACAUGAAGUCUGGAGACGGAGAGAACAUGCCGGUGGAACACGUCCGCUGCUUCCAGCCACCGAUCCACCAGUCGCUCGCCAGCAGCUGAGGCGCUGCUGCUCGUCCGCUCGCACUUUGGGACCACUUCUGGGUUCCAAACACUGUCAGCAUUCUCCUGUUUCCCUUUGGCCUUCAGUAGCUAAGGACUAUUAACUGCAAUAUAUGGGGCCACUUUUUGAACGUUUUAAUUUUUAUUUUUUUUUUGUUUUCACUUGUGCCUUAUAAGAAUAGAUGCCGCCCUUUUUUGAAAGAGCUAUUCUUUUGUACUUGGAGGUAGCUGUAGUUCAGGGAGGGAAAUUAGUUUUAUGAGUAUUUAAGGGUUUGCUGUGGUGGAACAUUAAAAGGGUGAACCUAUUUUUGAGAAAGGAAAAAAAUGGUAAUUUUGUACUGUCUACAUGCAUGCUCAAACAUUUUAAAGACUAAUGAGAAAUAACCCUCAUCCUUAUUAUGUUAAGCAAAUUAUUCACUGUGCCUUGUUUGAAAUCUUUUAAUCAAUUUAAUUCAAUAAAUAUGUAACAAAUGG